CAAAGUUGGCGAAGAGCCGCCGUAGACCCGCGCAACCGCAUCAUUCUGCAAUCUGCAACGCUCUUUCUUACUGCCUCGUCCAAGUUAAAUCUCGUCUCUCUUACUAUUAUCUGCUCACCAGGAGACAGCAAAGAGCUCUUGAACUAGACGAAAACAUUCUGACUACCUUCAAGGGAUACUAAGUGGUGGGUAUCCUUUGGGAAGCUUAGUAAUGGUGAUGGAAGAUCCUAAAGCACCACUUCAGAUGGAUCUGUUAAUUUACUUUCAAUGUCUCAGGGGUUAACAACCAACCACUCCUUUAUGCUAGUCCUUCAAAAUAUCCGAGAGGGUUUCUUGGUACUUUGCCGCAUCCUGAAUCAUCCCAAGAGUAAGCCUACUACCCCCGACCCUGAUCAGAGAGUGAGCUAGAUCGAUACAGAGAAAGAGAGAGAAGAGGAUAAAGAAACGGCGAGUUUCAGCUGUUGUGAACAGAGGGAGAGACACGUGAUCGUGUGUCUUUAGAGAGAGACAAAUGGUUGGACUGUCGCGGCCUCAGAUCGUUCUUUUUGGAUCCUCCAUCGUCCAGAUGAGCUUCGGCCACGGAGGUUGGGGCGCCAUUCUCUCCGAGGUCUAUGCUCGUAAGGCAGACAUCAUUCUGCGGGGAUAUUAUGGAUGGAACUCAACUCGUGCUUUGGAGGUUGUUGACAAAGUGUUCCCCAAGGAUGCCUUGGUACAACCUUCUUUGGUAGUUGUCUAUUUUGGAGGAAACGACUCAAUGGGACCUCACCCUUCUGGUCUAGGACCUCACGUGCCACUAACUGAAUAUGUUGAUAACAUGAAGAAGAUCGCUCUUCAUCUUCAGACCCUUUCAGACUCAACUCGUAUCAUAUUUCUAAGUUGCCCUCCAGUGGACGAAGCCAAAGUUCGUCAAAACCAGAGCCCAUACUUGAGUGAGGUAAUCCGCACAAAUGAGCUAUGCAAGACGUAUUCAGAUGCUUGUGUGGAGCUAUGCAAAGAGCUAGGCUUACAAGUAGUUGAUCUCUUCUCCACUCUUCAAAAAGUGGAUGACUGGGAAACCGUUUGCUUCACAGAUGGGAUUCAUUUGUCAGCACAAGGAAGCAAACUGGUGGCUGCAGAGAUACUGAAAGUGGUUAAAGAAGCGGAGUGGAGACCUUCGCUUCACUGGAAAUCGAUGCCAACAGAAUUCUCAGAGGACUCUCCUUAUGAUCUUGUUUCAGCAGAUGGCAAAACGACGUUGAACUCUUCGGAAUGGACGUACUUCUGGGAAGAACAAUGGGAGUAAAACAUCACAAUAUACACAACAACAACUUACAAGAGCUUUAUAUAAUAUGGUGACGUCUUGUUUUAGACUGUUUUACGAGUUUCUCUUCUGAAUACAAGUAAUAAGUAUGUGUUUUCGUAGUUUCUUGAAUCUAUCUUAUUAUUGAACCUUAGUUUCUGAAAUAAAUAGUAUUCUAUUUACUUUAUUA